UAUUGUGGUAUAGGUGGUGUAAAAUCUGCAACAACUUGUAUGAAUGAUCCGACAAAAGUGAAUGUUACGUUUCUAAUUACACAAGUAAACCUACUAUCGGCGUAUGGUCUAAUUGACCCAGUUGCUAAUAUUCAAGGUGACAAAGUGUUUAUUUUCGAUGGUCAAAAAGACACCACAGUUUUUCCAGAGUCGGGACGGAAUGUAGAAGCAAUGUACGUUAACUAUAGCGCAGACAUUAAAACUGAAUUUUCCGUUAACGUUGGACAUGUUUUUCCAACAAUCGAAAAUUCAGGAUACAACGGAGCUUUCAUCAUGUUGAAUCAUUCGUACGAUGGAUUGAUUUCGCCAGCUGAUAAUUCUAGGAAUUUCACAAAUCUAUUGACUUUCAAUCAGGCCGAAUUCUUUGCAGUAGAUCCGAUUUAUUCCAGCAUGGGCAAGACCGGAUUUAUUUACGUUCCAACAGCAUGUCGUCAGGGUGAAAUGUGUAGACUUCACAUUUCAUUCCAUGGAUGUAGCGGAUACCGUGGCCUUGUCGGAAACACUUACGUAAGCGGAAUCGGCUUGAUCGAAGUAGCUGAAGUAAACAACAUUAUUGUUUUGUUCCCUCAAACUACUGCUGUGCCUGUUUAUAAUGGAAACGGUUGUUGGGAUUGGUUUGGUUACACAAACAAGUGGUUCCGUGAGUAUGAUUUUGAAAAGAAUUUUGGGAUUUUUAGUUAA